AUGGUGAUAUUCUUUUGGAGCAGCCUGUUCGGCGGCACUGGUGUGUCUAGGCAUGAACUUUUCCCGCGCAAGAUCUGGCAGCUCUGGAAAGUUGAUGCGCUGGACUUUGAGGAAAAGCAUCUCAAAGUCGCUCGUUCAUGGGUCAACGUCAACCCAAGCUACCGUUACGAGGUCUUGACAGAUCAGAACGACCUUGCCUGGGUCGAAUACAACUUUGGACCCGACCGUUUCAACCGUCUCGAUAUCAUCUACAUGUACAAGGAGAUCAAGGCCAAGAUCAUCAAGGCCGAUCUCCUCCGCUACCUUGUAAUGUACGUCGAGGGUGGCUUGUACACUGACAUCGACGUCGAAGCCAUUCGUCCUAUUCACAGAUUCGUUCCGGAACGCUGGAACGAGAGAGACAUCGACAUGGUCAUUGGCGUAGAGAUCGAUGAGCCCGACUGGAAAGACCAUCCCAUCCUCGGACCGAAAAGUCAGUCCUUCUGCCAAUGGACUUUCAUGUGCAAACCACAAUUGCGGGUCAUGAUGGACCUUGUUGAGAACAUCAUGGAUUGGCUAAGGGAUGAGGCAGCAAAACAAAAGGUCGCCAUUGGGGAUGUGAAGCUCGAUUUUGACCAGGUCAUUAGUGGAACUGGCCCGUCCGCCUUCACCAAGGCAAUCUUGGCCGAUAUGUCUCGCCAGACCGGACGACAGGUCACUUGGAAUUCCUUCCAUGGCCUCGACGAGUCAAAGGUAGUGGGCAACGUUCUCGUCCUGACGGUCGAAGCCUUUGCAGCCGGCCAAGGCCACUCCGACUCAGGCAACCACGACACGAAACAAGCUCUCGUCAGACAUCACUAUCACGCAUCCCAAUGGCCCAAAGCGCACCCGAGAUACAAGCAUCCCAUCUUCGGCGAGGUCGAAGAGUGCAACUGGAAGCCGGAUUGCAUUCACAGAUGGGACGAAGACAAGGCAGCAUUCGAAGCUCUGGACCCUGCCGAACAAAAGAGGCGGAUCGAUGAAAAGAUUGGCAGAGACAAAGCAGAUGAAGACGAAAAGAAGAUAUGGGAAGACAGAAAGGCUGCAGAAGAACGCACCCAGGGCGAAAAAGAGAGAGUCGAACAAGCACAACAGUUCGAAGCAUUCUUGAAAUAUACCGAAGAACUUAAACACAAGGAGGAACACAGAGACUAA